CUAACGCAUCACAAGGGCUAGCUUUGGGCCACAACAUCGGGAGUCUGUGUAUUGGGUGCAGCAGCAAUAUGGUGCGGUUCAGACAAAAGUUGGAUUCAAACAUGUAUUUGAUAGUGAGGGACACAUUUGACUUUACGACUGGUAAAUAGUUCCUACAGGUUAUACAUAUGCCGUUGUUGACAGGAAACGUUUAUUUGUUGUUGGUGAAGUCGGAAACAUUGUUAUAGUGUUACUUUCCGUCGAUACACACCAGAACGAUGUACAACCGGGAGUCAAACCUACACUCAAUACACAGACUCCCGGUGUUGUCACUCACCUGUGCGCAACUGCGCGUGCUACCGGAGAAAAUGAAGUGCGAGGAUCAGCUGUCAUCUUGCUGUCAGCAGGUUCAGCUGAGCUUGUGUUUUUCAUGUCAAGAUUCGUGACAAUUCGGUGUUUUGCCAGAUCUCGACCUCGUGUCAGGAAUUCACUUGAAGAUGGCGAAAAAGAGUAGUUCCAAAAAGUCAUUCAAAAGCUUGUUUUCUAAAAGCGAAGCCAAUUUAACCGACUCUGUGGAGAAAGAGAAAGAUGACGGUGGACGAAAAAUAUUUAAGCUCUUCAAAUUCAAGAAAAAGUGGAAACCCAACAAAAAUGAAGAGAAGCAAGUAGUCGUCGGUGCUGCUGAGACCAAUGGAUCUGGUGGUGAUGCCCUGGGGAGGGAUGCUAAGGAUUGGCCUGAUGUCAGUCACACCAAGACAACCAGAUCUCUGACUGCUCCCAGAUCAAAGGCCAAGGACCUCAGCUACUCAGAGAUGGACCUACGUGCCAAGCCCAAGAGGUUCGGCACGUUCACCUUUGGCUUGAAGAGGAGGAAGAAGAAGAGUGACGGGGAUCUCUCCCAGAGCAUCGUGGUCCUCCACAGCCCCGAGUCAGAGGUCAAAGGGCAAGAGGAGGAGGAGCCUCUGAACCUCAGCCUCUGGGACAUCGGCCAAGGCGGCACUCUGAACAAGAGGGUAAGGUUCGCUGUGUCUCAGCCUGACCUAAACACUAAGACACUGGUCACCUCUUAUCCUCCUCCCACUGUCCCCAAGAAAUCGCAGGCCCAGGAGCCCCCGAUGGACAGUCCUGAGACCGCCACCAACCAACCAAAUUCCCAGAUGGAUAACAUUAUUCCUCUUGAAGUGGGCCGGGCUACAAGAAAAGUCCCUUUAGCGAUGGCUGAGAUGGAGUGGGACAAGACCUCACAGGAAGAGGAGAGCCCGGAUGUUCAGUGUGACAACCCUUAUGCCUCAACAGACCAUACUGACACAUCUUCUCCUAUGGAUGUUAAUAGCUUUAACCCAAGUCCUCCACCUUUCUCACCUAACCCACCUCCACCGUCCUAUCCAUCUAGCCCACCCCCCUGCUACCCAUUGAGCCCACCUACAUCUUUUUCCCCCUUUAGCUCUCCUCCUACUACAGUUUACACCUCAAACCAGAGGGAUGAAAUAUCCCUCUCCCCUUUACCCAGCGCUGACCCUGUGAAUAGUGGUAUUUCUGAUCCUGUCCUUCCUGUUACUGAACUCUCACUUAGCAAAGCUGAGGCCUCUUAUGUUACUCUCUCCAUUGGCCAACCUGUUGUUGUUGAAAAUAUCAGCACUUUUACCCCUAAUACAGAUCCCUCUCAUAUUGCCUUGGACCCCAAUAUAGAAGCCACUAUUACUGAAACAGACACAACUAUCCCUGAAGUUAAAACCGAAACCUUUCCUCUCAACCCUGAUACUUUGGCUGACAACACUGAGACACCUAUUCUCAUCACCGUCACCUCUGCUCUUAUUACUGUCAACUCUGUUACUGACAUGGACACCAGCUCCAUCAAUGACACCUCUGUCUCCACCGCUGAUACAUCUAGGCCUAUGCCUGAAACUGUCACCUCCAUCACCUCUGAAGAGAUCAGCACCGCUAUUGCUGAUCCUGGCCCCUCUCUCGCUGAAAUGGUCAUCCCCGUUCCAAGCACUGAUAAAUCUACACCUGAAAUGCUAGCCUCCAUUGCAAACACUGUCAACUCCAUUACCAACAGUGACAACACUGUCCCCAACACUGACACUUUCUCUGCCAACACGCAGGUAUUUGGAACUCUGUAUGACUCACUAUUUCCUCAAAGUUUCACCUCGGAACAAGAAUCUGCCAGAUCAGACAAUGACUCUACUGAGGGAUGCCUUGACACCAACCUAACCGUAAUAAAUUAUGAAACUAACCCACACCUGUCCUUGGAUAACCCCUUUGACUCACCAAGUCCUAUUUUACCUGAAUCAGUUAAACAGGAGUCUGAAACUGCCAUUGAUCACACUGAAGCUAGUGUCAGUUACCCCACCCAAUCAACUCCGUUACAGUCUGCCACUGACGCCCCUGUCCCCGACAUGGAUAUACCUGCCGCUGCAGUCUCCAAAAUGGAUACCAGCCAUCCUGACACAGACACCACUGUUUCCCCUAAUACUAACCUCACUGUUACUGAUACUGACUCUCAACCAGUAUUCGAAGAUAUUUACGACUCUCUUUUUCCUGGAAUGUUUCCCUCACAUCACAUAUCUGGCCACACCGCAUCUGCUAUCAGCAGUUACACUUCUGGCGUUAUGACAUCGGACGUUAUGAUGGACACUCGAUGCACACCUACUAAUAUAGACACUUCUUUUGAAAACAAGCUUCCCUCUGUUCCUCAAAUAGACACCUCCCACCCUAACACAGAUAUCUCCCUCACUGAGCCUGAGGCUUUUGCCUCUCUGCGCUUUGAGCCUACACUCCCCACAACUGAGCCAAUGGAAAUGGAUGACUUAGAGCCUGAGCUUGCCACCUCAGACUCACCUCUCCCAAAUACUGAUAUCGCUGUCCCUGAUACUGGCUCUAGUGACACAUAUGAAUCUCUCUAUGACUUUCUUUUCCCUGAAAGUUUUCCUUCUGACCAAGUGUCCACCAUUUCUGACCCCGUCCUCGAUAAACCAGUCUAUGUUACGGACGCUGAUUCUGAUCUGCUCCGACCAGAUUGCAACACUCGACCAGACCUUGUUGAUCAGUCGGAGCCUUUGACCUCAGCUCUUCCAGUAUACCUUGAUACGGAGGACACUGAAAACACAGAUCUCGUCCUUCAUCAUUCUGAUAUGAACAUUGAUAACUCUGAUCACAUUCUCUCAGACAACGUCACCCUCGUUUCUGACAUUCUUAGCGCUAACCAUCCAAGCACUAAGAAUUCCAGUUCUCUUGAAUCCACCUUCUCCAUUGAUGCGUCCGUCUCCUCAACAAUAGCUGAAACAAUGGCUACUGAGACAGGUCAAGAAGCAGAGGUGGAGAUAAUGGAAGAGGCCAACAGCAUAGAUUCUAACAGACAGAUUAAGGAACAUAUGCCCUGUGAUGCAGAAGUUAACAGGGCAAGCUCACAGUAUGUGAUCAUACCAGAGAACAGCAAUGCCGUGGAAGUCGCUAUACCAGCGGUCCAUUACAGCAUCUUGGAGGAUUACAUGGAGGAGAGUGGAGUUGAAGAGGUAAAAGCAGAGGAAAUGAAAGGAACGGGCAAACAAUGGAGGAAUGGUAAUGAAACCAUUGAAGUGGGAUGGAGUUUGGGGUCACAGAAAGUAACGGAAGUAAUGUUAGAAACAAAGGAUAGAGGUCAAGAGAAUGAAGUCCACCGAGAGGAGAAGAGACACAUCGAGUCCCCAGAAGACAGUGAUGCAGAGAGGCUGGUGCUGGUGGAGGAGAGAGGAGCGAGAGAAGUCUCGUCACUGGUGAAAGAAGAGUGGGAGGAUGGGGUGGAACCAGCCCUGCCUGCUCAGCAGGUGCACACACUCAUGGAAUGUGAGUCGCCCGCCCCGCCUUCCAUCACAGAGCAGCAUGGAGAGGAGGAGGGGUCAGGGAGUAACCGGAGUGCAGUUACACACGCUUACCUGGUAACAGAGGCCCGCGCUGAUACACAUACACUCAGACAGACCCCAGGCCACGAAGAGCCACAGGAGUCUCACAGCGCUGAGAAUAAACACGCUGCCACCGACAACAGAGAGAGACAGGACACACUCGCAACACGUAACACACUCGCACACACCACAGACCGAGAGGGGAGCAUUUUAGACACACACACAGCAGAGAAAGCGGACUUAGUCACUCGUACUACCGAGGACACAUCCUCUUUCUCUGAGCAGAAAGCAAAAGUAAACACCACUAGCACACAUGGCGAGAACACAUUCACACUUGACAGAGAAGAGACAGCGACAGACACAGAGUCCAAAACAUACACUGUAAAGGUAGAACAUAAAGGGACACUCGGUACUGAGUGGACAGACAGCAUUGUCACGCAGGAAACAGACAGAGCCAGUUCCGAGCCAGUGCCAGAGCAGGUGGCAGUGAACCCUACAGUCACACGAGACACAAUCCUCGACAGACUUCGAAAGAGAGCCAACGGUCUUGCCACUGAGGACACAGAGAGACCCGGUGCAGAGCCAGAGCAGGUGGGAGGGAAGCUACCAGUCACUGCAGACACACUCCUCAACUCACUGAGGAACAGAGUCAAAUUCCUCAGCCAGCCCGGAGGGUCUCUGGAUGCUUCAGCUGUUAAGAGUACAGCUUUUGAAGACUCUGAGGACGCUGAUUCAGAAAUUCAGCAGAUAGUGGCUCAUCUGGAGUCAGACAGCGAGAUGAGGUCAUACAGUUCCACUCUCACUAUAAGACCCUCUCCCACCCACAAGGGCAUGGACAAAUCAAAACAGGGCUUCCGCAAAGUCUCCCGGGUCACAGACAAUGAAACCACAGACCACACUGAAGACAGUGUGGACUACAGUGAAAGCACUAUCAAUGAACCGAAUAGAACUGAAAGUGACCUAGGUCCAGUCGCACCAGAAUACAAAUGGAGGAACCUGUACGAGGGGGUGCAAACUACUUUCGAACCCACAGGGGAGUCCUGGCGCUCUGACUCUCAGUCAGAUGAGUCAAGAGUGUCCACAUACGAUGGACACUACUCCUCCCUCUCCCCCUCCCUCUCUGUGUACACACGACAACUCACCUCUCACGGGCCGCCAUUCCAAGAACCUGGCUUGUCCUCCCUCUCCUCAGGGACACCCCGUUCCCCCGGCAACGACCGCUGGUUGAGUGACAGAAGCGAAGUUCAGUUGACCCGGGAGAGUAAGGAGCCAGAGGCAGGAACAGGCAGGGGGAGUUGGAAGGAGUGGGAGGAGGAGCUAGCCACUGCACCUGCAGGACGGAGAGAGAGAGAGGUAGAGCAAGAGGGGAAGGAGGGAGAGUCCAUGGCAAGGAAGAUAAAGUCAGGCUGUGACUUGAAAUCACUCCCAGUCUCAAACUUCUCCUCGGCGGGUCAGACCAUUGACAACGUGGACUACAGCAGAGGCAGCAGUGACUCCUACUCCAGACAGUACAAGGCCACACGCGUGGAUCUGCUCCCUUCCCCCUCCUCCUCGGACCCUUCCCCCUCUUCCUCUCCCAUGACCCCUGACCCGGGCUCCCCCUAUCACUGCAACAUGGAGAGCUUAGUGGACACCCUGAAGAGCAUGAACCCUAACCUUCCCCAGAGGCAGAGGAGGCUGUGUGGGACCACCACCACCUCCAUCAUCUCCUCCCUGCCCUCCAUUGAGGAGGACACCCCCAGCUACAGCUCCAGCCCCACCAAUACCAAAUCUCCCCAGGUGCCCCAUGGGUCUCUGCUGGAGGGCCCCAACAGCCGCUACAACCUGCCCGCAGACCUUGGCCGCAACUGGGGUGCCCCCAAGGAGACGCGUUCCCCUCUGGAGUUGAUGAAGCUCCAACAGCAGCAGCAACAGGAGCAGCAGGCUGGAGACCACCAUUGGAACCGUGGAGACCUCAUCCUCCCACUCCGAGCCUCGGCUCUUCGCAGCAUCGUCAUGAGGAAGAGCUCCUUGGGCAGUGACUCUUCCCCAGAGCACUCGCCGUCCCCCCUGCCAAACGGAGGGAGCAGCAACCAGUCUCCAAACCCCUCGCGCCUGGACAGGUCCCUCCUCUACUCCAGCUAUCGUUCAGCAUCGAUUGAUCAACCACAGGAGAACGGCAAGGCCCAUAGCCCAGGCCAGCGGCCCUCUCUGUUCCAUACGGGCUCCCUACCGGACAUAGGGCCUAACCAGGAUCACAUGAGCUCAGGGCCUGGUAUGGGCAUGGCUGGUGGGUCUGGGAGUGGACUUGGAUUCGAAUCUGGAGUUGGAACUGGAACAGGAACUGACCCAUCCACCCACUUCCGCUACGAAUGUUUCUCCUCCCGGAUGUCUGACUCCUUAACUGGAAACAACACAGACACCAACUCUCGAAUGAGCAGGCCCCCUCCCCUACCUAGCUUCACCUCUACCCGAGAAGGCCUUCUCAGUCCCACAAGCUCAUCUCUGGACAUCCACAGGUCUUUUGCCAAUGCUAAUGAGUCCACAUUAAAUCUCAGCCCGGGGCUGGGUGGUAUGGGCUCCAAUGACAACAUGGGCUCUGUGGGCUAUAUUGGUCUGGGUCUGCAGAGGAACUUCAGUAACGAAGGCCUGAACUCACCACUGUUCAACAUGGGGUCCCCCCAUGGAGGGUCCCCCCAUGGAGGAUCUCACUUCAGUCCAGAGGCUGAGAAGAACCUGGUGCCCAAGUACAGGGCUUUCCCUGACGCCUAUCUCACCAAGGAGAAAGAACAUGGAAAGCUCAACCCUCGACCAGGAAAGAUGUUCAUCUUUGACCAGCCAGGGAUGUGUGGCCAGAGGAUGGAGGUGUGGAGUGAUGUCGUUGAUGCCACACCCUGGCAACUACAGGAGACCAUCUCUAUCAGGGUUGUCAGAGGAGGCUGGGUUUUGUACGAGAAGCCCAACUUCAAAGGGGAGAAGAUCGCUCUGGACGAGGGGGACAUAGAGCUCAGCUACCCCUUCGACCCCCCUGAGGAGGAAGAGGGACAACAACCGCAGAAUGGAGAGGACAGCCAGAAGGAGGGAGGAGAAGAAGAAGUGGUGGCGGCCAAGCCGGCCAGGAGGUUCAUCAUAGGAUCAGUACGAAGAGUAGUCAGGGACUACAGUGUGCCAGAGAUCAGUCUGUUCCCAGAGGAGAAUGCCGAGGGGAAGAAGGUGAUCUUCAGAGACACGUCAGAUGACGCCAGGAUAUUUGGCUUCCCCAUCAAAGCCAACUCCGUCAUCAUCAACGCUGGACUAUGGCUGGUAUAUGCUCAGCCUUUUUUCCAGGGCAUACCACGUGUUCUGGAGGUGGGGGGGUACCCCAACCCUGCAGCCUGGGGCGUGGAACAACCUUACGUGGGCUCCGUGCACCCUCUCAAAAUCGGUGAACCAAGAGUGGAGAAACCUGGUGAGCCCAAGCUGGUGCUCUAUGAAAAGCCCUACUUCACUGGGAAGACAAGGACAAUCUACACCAACAUGAGAGACUUCAUGACCAGGAAGGAUAGACAGCAGACUGCCUUCAUGUACAGCCCUGGAUCCAUCAAAGUAGAGGGAGGCUGCUGGGUGGGCUAUGAGAAGGAGGGUUUCCGAGGCCACCAGUAUCUGUUGGAGGAGGGAGAGUACCAUGACUGGAGGGUGUGGGGGGGCUGCGAUGCCGAGCUGCGCUCUGUCAGAGUCAUACGAGCCGACCUGACCGAGCCCAUGUUGGUAUUGUAUGAGCAGCCUGACGUGGAGCAGGAGGUGGAGCAGGACAACACCUUUGAGGUGGCCGAGGCCAUUCCUGACGUGGAGCUGUUUGGCUUCCGCACCACCACUCGCUCCAUCCACGUCGUCAGUGGAGCAUGGAUAGCCUACUCUCACGUGGACUUCUCUGGUGACCAGUAUAUCCUGGAGAAAGGUUUCUACAGUAACUCUGCUGACUGGGGCUCUUCAAACAACCGCAUCUGCUCUGUCCAGCCCAUCUUGCAGGCUCCAAGUGAAAACCAGGGCAGCGUCAGAAGUGAGGUGAUGCUGUACACAGAGCCAGAUUUCCAGGGGGAAUGCCAUGUGUGUGACAAGAACCAGGAGUCCCUCUCUGACAAGCUCAUCGCCAAGUCCUGCAGAGUGGUGGGAGGAAGUUGGGUGGUGUAUGAGGGCCGUGAGUAUUCAGGGAACCUGUACAUCCUGUCAGAAGGAGACUACCCCAACUUCACCAGCAUGGGCUGUCCUCCGAACUGUGUCAUACGCUCGCUGAAGACUGUCCCGCUGGUAUUCUCAGUGCCCUCCGUCUCUCUGUUUGGUCUGGAGUGUUUGGAGGGCAGGGAGAUCACAGUGGACACAGAAGUGGUCAAUAUGCUGGAGGAGGGCUACAACAACCAUCUCCUCUCUGUCAGAGUCAACCGAGGCUGCUGGGUGAUGUGUGAGCACAGUAACUACAGGGGGCGCCAGUUCCUGUUAGAACCUAUUGAAAUCACCAACUGGCCCAAAUUCAGUCAGCUUCUCACCAUUGGCUCAAUGUACCCAGUACGGCAGAGGCGGCACUUCUUCCGCAUCAAAAGCAAGGAGCGAGGUCACUUCCUGUCCAUCCAGGGUGGCGUAGAGGAAAUGAAGUCGGGACGCGUGGUUGUGACUGAGCAGGUGGAGGGCAUGAGCGACAUCUGGUUCUACCAGGAAGGCCUCAUCAAGAACAAGUUGGCUCCUACUAUGAGCCUGCAGGUGAUGGGAAACGUGGAGGCGGGGGCGAAGGUGGUGCUGUGGUCAGAGACCCGGCAGCCUGUCCAGACCUGGUCAGCCCAGAUGAGAGGCACCAUCCCCAGCCUCACCUUCCCUGGCAUGGUGUUAGACAUCAAAGGUGGCAAGCAGUACGAUAGAGACCAUGUGGUGAUUUUACCAGAGAGUGAGGAGAGGCCUUGCCAACAGUGGGAGCUGGAGCUGCUGUAGCCUUCCAAUAACCUUCCCUCAACCCGCACCCUUCACCCGCUCCUCCAAUACAAUACAUUCCAAUAUCCCCAACCCUUCAGAACUCCUGAUUUUCAGUCUGUGGAGAUGGACAUGGCCUUUAGGAAGCACCACAGACUUCACCUUGUGUCAUCAUGGUCAGGCACUCUCAAGAGGAUCCCAGAACAUCUUCAUUGCAGUUAAAGGGUUUCUUUCAUUCCGUGAAGAAUCAUAUGAGGGUUAUCAUUUUUUGACUGAAUGUGAGGAGAGCAGCAUAUGAAUGACUCAACAACCAACAACCAGAGCCUUUGGAUGUGGUCACCUGGAGAGGAUGGGAAGGGUAGUGCUUCUUUUCCCCUCCCUUAAAUGUGUGUAUUUGGAUUAUUCUAUUUACAGACAUUCUACCCUCUCAGAUUGUUCCUUGACAGAUGGUAUGACCCGGCUUAGCACACACAGUAGUGGACAGAACCAUUCACUUGAACUCACCAAUGAUCAUUGGGAAGGUCAAAGUUACAUCUACUAUAUGAUACAUCAUCUGUGGCUACUAGCAAUAUAUUUAAGAGGCAUUCAUAAAGGAAGCCAAAUCUAUGCACAUUAUUUUCUGAAUUGGCUUAUUUCUGUAUUUUUUUUAAAUUUUGUUUGACUAUGUAAUUUACUACCUUUUGGGAAGACAUUGGAUGGGAAGUGUAUUCUUUAUGCUGUAUAAUACAUACACAAUACAUAUAAUAAUGUAUGAUGCAGUGCAAUGACUCUGUGGGCUUUUAUGCAGUUCCUCUCUAAUGCUACAGUAUGUUCUUCUAUUUCACUAUGGUCGAUCUAUUUUCAUAGAUAUGAAUCAUACAUUGCCAAUCACUGUCAAUAUACAGGUUACUUUCUUAUUUUUAUAUUUAACACCAAAUGCCUUGCACCCCAAUGCAUUAUUCUUUGAUACCAAAAAUAGAAUGUGAAAAGAAAUGAGUGGUUUUCAAAUAUUAAAUAAAACUAUCAAAAAUGGAA